UCCUCGGGUUUCGAUCUGUUUACAUGCGUGUACUAACUGGUAACCUUACAUAAAUAUGUAAUAAAGAAAGUUUCAAACUGAAUGGUGUAUUUACAAUAUGUGACAUUUCUGAAGUAUCUAUAUGGUUUACGUAUUUCAAAAUGGCGAACGGAAAUUAGAAAAUAGUAUAUUAAUCAGGUUAAGUCUAAAAGAUAGACAUUCUAUAUGAAAUGGAGGAUUUAUAUGCGUCUCUCAAACAUGAAAAACAUCGUCUUGAUGAUUAGAAGGGAUAAUUUGAAGAAUGAAAAAUAGGCAUGUUUUGUUGAAUACGUUGUAUAUUCUUUCUUAUCUUAAUAUAUCGUUAGCUGUGCCUGUUAUAGACAAUCGACCCAUUGUGUUCAACCUGUUUGAGGGUACAGUGAAAAAAACAGAGCUGGGUUGUAUAACAUGUACCCCGACUACACCAGGUCAGCCAUAUGAUAUUAAAAUACAGGACGUUUCGCCAGCAAUUCCGUGUGGGCCGAGAUGUUUCGGUUUGUGGAAUAAAAAUCCAGCUCCCACUUUAGAUUUCUGCAUGUAUUUUAUACCACGUCAAGGAGCGCCACUUUCAUAUCAAACAACACAGAAAUACACUAUCACUAUUGUAUGUGGAGAUGAUACAGCAGAUAAAGCAACAACGAUAGUAGAUAUACAUCUCAUACCAAACCAGCCACCUAGGUUUCCUUCAUCGUUUGAUAGAGGUGACAUAUCUAAUACCAAAUCUCUUACGGCUGGUACCACGAUAUUGUUGGCCAACGCCCAGGAUGCUGACGUAACAACAAAUGAUGACGUCUUAUCAUACUUUAUGACGGCUACUCCUGAUCAAGGAUUAUUUGAAAUAGGGCAAAGCGAUGGUCAAAUACGAUUAAAGCAAGAUACACGUCAAGUUUGUAGUAUUACGUCACCAACGAUAUUAGACAUAACAGUACGUGACAAUGCUAAUGUAGUAGACACCAAAAAAACGGAGUUACAUUUUGCAGAUGUACCAGAGCCACCCAGCAUAACUAAUAUAAAUAAAGUUAUAUUUGUAUCUGAAUCAACUCCAAUAUUGACAGCUAUACAAACACUUACACCCAGUACAACAGUUUCAUAUAAUUAUGAAGCAGCACCCUCAAGAUAUAAUAGUUAUUUCACUAUUAAUGCAAAUGUAUUAGAAUUAUCUAAACAGUUAAACUAUGAAGAAGAAACAUUUAUAAACCUAACGAUAUAUACACAGGAUGGUUUCUGUGUUGGUUCUAACUGGCUGGGCAUCAGUGUUGACAAUGUUAACGAUCCCCCUACUCUUACCACGGCUACAACUAUAUUUGUUGAAAACGAGGGCAUGGUGAACUUUGACCCAGGUUUUGUGGCUAUAGAUGAAGAUAGAGGUGAUAGAUUGGUUUAUUCCUUUCUUUCUGCCAGUAGUGUAUUUGCAAUCAACCCUAAUACCGGUAGAAUAAGAUCACUGGGUAAUCUAGAUUUAGAUAUUCUGAAUGUCCAGUCUCAGGACUAUAUCUUGGAUGUGCAGGUAUCCGAUGGAGUAGCAUCAGCAGUAUCUCAAAUUAGAGUUACUAUAAAAGAUAUCAAUGAUAAUAGACCAGUUAUAGUUGGAGCUUCAGGAUAUUCCUACCUUAGAAUGGAUUGUAACGACACAGAACUUUUGGGCACCAUGGUGGCAUUCGACAACGACAGGGGUAUCAAUGGUAUGUUUGGGUUCACUGGAGGUAAUAGUGGUCCACUAACAGUUACCAAGGAUGGUAGAACAUUUAUGGUUGGCAACCCACCAACCGGUGGUUAUUUUGUUCAAGUGUCAGCAGUUGACCAUGGAACGGAUCCUGGUCCAUUAACAAGCACCACACAAGCAACCGUAUCAUUAGUGGUACUUCCGUGUCCAGUUCCAACGACAGAAUUUACCACAGAGGUCACAACACCAUUAUUUACAGGAGAAACGUCUCCUAUUCUUCCUAUUCCUGACGGUCAGAUGAGUUUUUUCUCCCGGCCAGAAAAUAUACCAUGGUUAAUAGCAGCCGGUAUUCUUGGCUUGUUGCUUCUCCUCUUAGUUUUCUAUGUUAUCUACAGAUUGUGUUGUGCCAGAGAAUUACCGGCCUUCCCCAAAAAACCCGUUACUACACCGCCACCUGGACGAAAUCAGUCAAAGGCCAAAGGAAAAAAUGGACAAAAGCGAACAUCGUCCACACAAAGAAAUGGCGAAUUAAAAGAGAAACAACAAAAUAAAGGAAACAACGAAAAGUUAAACUCUGAUCGUCCACGGCCCCCUAAUCAGCAAGAUCACCCAUCUCGUGGUCGUGUGAUUAACCAUUUUCCUGAUGCACCACCCCACGCACCCCCUGCUAAUCCACCACCUCGCCCACCGGAUGAUACUCGAACUAUGACUCCAUAUAAACUUGAUAAUGAACCAAUUUUAAAUGACUUAUAUAAACCUAGAACAGACAACAAUAACCCUUAUGAAUUCUGGAGAGGUUCAACUGAUGAUAAUAUUGUGUCCAGUCGACAAAUUAAAGUCUCGCCUAAAUACUAACGGCUAUUUAAACAGAGAAAGCACUAGGGAAAUAUCGCCGAACAAUUCAAGCUUUACUCACAUUCGUUGACGUAACAAUUAAGGGUUCUCGGUGCCAUAGAGAAAAGACAACCUGAGACGAGUAGUAUUGUAUUCCCCAUAAGAAGACCCUUUAUAAAAUGCUCACUUGCACUUGGACAUGGUAUUUCAGUCAAGAUGAUGUUUUGUUGGUUAUAAUUUAUUAUAUUUGUAAAUAUUUCUCGUAUUAAAAAUAUGAAAAUUG